AUGACUACUCCGACAAGCCCCGCGGAGGUGACCUUGCCUCAGCGGUCUGGCACCAUGAGCAGCGGCAUCACUCGUCGUACCUCCAUGAGCGACGAUGAGGCCAUCCCUAAGACUGAUAGCAGUGAGACCACCACCCUCCUGCUAGAACGUCUCCAAGCCUGGAAGCACAUGUGUGGCUAUCUUGAGGAUUACUUCUCUGCUACCGCCAAGGUGCAGAAGAACCAGUCCAAGGAUUAUGAGAAGAUCUUGAAGACCGUGAACGAGCCCCUCAAGGAAGGCCACCAUUACAGUUCCAGCGCCGGCGGCGUGGCCGGACUGUUCGAGAACAUCCGCAACAACACACAAGGCAUGGUGAACAUGUACCUCGAAGGCGAGAAGAACAUCAAAGACGGCGUCCUCCCCUCCCUCGAGCGUCUCCACAAAGAGAUCAAGAACAAGUCCAAGGAGCUCAGCGCCGGCGCCUCGAAGGGCGCCAAAGCCGUCGAAAAGGCCCGCAACCUAACCCAAAAGCACAUCGAACUCCUCGGCCAGAACUCCGCCUCCUUCGACGCAGCAGCCUCCAACAAAAUCGAGCAGCACCACGACCCCUACCUCCUCAAACGCGGCAUCAACCACCGUCUAAACAACCAAGUCAACGAGGAAAACAACCACCGUCAAGACAUCCUCGCCGUGCAAAACUCCUUCCAACAAUUCGAAGCCCACGUCCUGCAAACCGUCCAAGCAACCCUUGAACAAUUCCACCAGCACAUGGGCGGCCAGCUCGACCGCCAACGCGGCAUGUACGCCGACAUCCUCGGCACCGCCCAGCGCAUCCCACCCGACUUCGAAUGGGUCAACUUCUGUGUCCGCAACGACGCAACCCUCGGCUCCCUCGAGCGCCGCUCCCGAGCCAUCGUCAAGGGCUAUAGCACCGGCUACUACGUCGUCACACCCUCGCGCUACCUACACGAGUUCAAGGACACGGACGAUUUCCGUCGCGACCCAACCCCGGAACUAUCCUUGUACCUCCCCGACUGCAUCGUAGGCGCCAUCGACGGCGUCAAGUUCAACGUCAAGGGCAAGGACGUCUCCAGCGGGAAAAUCGGUAACGCUUUCCACACGAACACCGAGCUCAGCUUCAAGGCGCAUACCCCCAAUGACGCGGAGAAGUGGUGGUCCGUGAUCAAGGACGCUACUCGUGGCUCUACUGCUGCAGCCGCUGCUCCUGUGGCUGCCGCCUCUGCCGUCGGGUCAACAGUCACUUCGCCCACGGCUACAUCCCCCGCUGCGGCUGUCUCUCCCGGUGGCGAGGUCGGCUCACGCAACGUCUCCGGCCAAAGCCAGCCGCCGACCUAUGCUGAGAAGGAAAUGGAGAAGAGCCAGGCUGCCGCAGCGCCUGCUACUUCUUCUUCUGAGGCGAAGGAGCCUGCAAUCAGCCGUACCGCCAGCACAACUAGUCAUUUCCAUACAUCGCCCGGUGGCUCCGCUGUGGAUGAGAAGAAGUUGUGA